AUGAACAGCUUGGUCCUCGACGAAACUGCUUGGACAGUUCCGAUGAAAAUGGCUUUCAUGGGCCAAAAGAUCUGCCUUAAAGAGCUCCUAAAAAGUGCACAAGGUGAAAGAUCGUCAUUUGAUUUUAACGGCGAGUCGAUUUUACACCGAUGCCUGAGAGAAUACGCGGCUAAUGUGGUCGGCCAAGGAAUGAUUUUUGGAAGAAAACUCGGUCCAUAUCUACUUGCGAAAAUGAUUGAUAUUUUCCAGGAGUUUGGAUACAAGUUGAAGCAAGAUGAAAUGCCAUCGGUCCUGUCAAUGAUUCAUCAAUUCUGGGAAAGCGACGAGCGGCUCCAUCUUCUAAAAUGUGUGCUAAGUGACAUGAAGACGGAAAUGAAGGUAGCAUCUGGCGGCGACGGUUGGCCUAUCAAGUCACUAAUGGACAGAAAAUUGGAGUCCUAUCAAACGCUCGGAUAUCUCUACGAGACUCCAAUGCAGGAUCAGAUCAUGCGCUUCUUGAUGGAAUGCGAUCAGAACGGCAGCAAUGUGGCAUAUGUUCUCAAAAUUGCCAUUAAGACAGGGGACAUCGACACGUUUAGGGUCUACACUCAGUCGAAGAAUGCUCUUGAUUGGUUGAGCUAUGGAGAAACAGCGGAUCUCUUUUAUGAUGUUAUUCUCAAUUUCAAAAAGUAA